UCGUGUCCACAUUGAGAUCGACACGGGGGCACAUGACAUGCGGCAGGACCCGGUUGCCGUGUCAGAGGACGAGAUGGGAGAUCCUUCCAACGAGACGCAGCGCGACCCGGUUCAUGCAGAGGAGCUAGCCUCGAACACUGAUGUGAUAGUGACGGAGGAGGAUACAGGGUUCAGGAUCACUCAUCCCCGGUCGCUAGCGCCGAUUGUUGGCACAGAGGAGGAGACGGAGUUCGGAGGACCCAGUCCACUCCACCAGGCGCAGACUCGACGCACUCCAGUAGGCGCCCCAGUCCACUCCACAGGAGCGGGUUUGGAGGACGGCGAGGCACGACGUGAGCCGCCUCCUCACACGAGUGACGGCGGUCUAGAGGAGGGAGAGGUUGCACCCACUCCCACUUGUGGAAAGGACGGGGAGGACGAACGUCCUCCGACGGACCACCACAUCGGCCUCGACUGCCCGCCCGACAGUCUUCCGCCCACCGACGAGCUAUUUACCAUGGAUUCCGCCUUGGCAUCUCUGCCUGAUAUAUCGCUACUGAUAUCUCCCACUUUGCCGGUUGUGGCACCACCGGAGCCUGCUAGACGAGAUGACGCGCGUCGUGACAGAGGGUUCGACGAGUUCGGCGGCAACACGGUACUGCAUCCUCCAGAGUCCGGCACUCCCGCCAUUUUUCAUGUCGGUGCACCGUGGGCGGUAGAGCAGGGGUUGGCGGAGGAGGUAGCACGGAACCGUCGUGGUGGACCGCACGUCGCAGCUCAACGUAGUCUGGAAGGUUUACUAGAGGCAGCGUGUGGAGAUUUUUUGGCGCAGGGGGGUCAUGGUUCGCAGCUGUUAUCGGACGGUGUGUCAUCAGUCCAUCCACCAGAUGAGGGCCCGCAGCAAGAGCCACAUCGAGGGCCAGCGGAGACUUUAGAGGCGAGGCCUCCCGGAGUUAUCUGCUUGGACGGAGGCGAGGGCGUGAGCGAGGAUACAGCGCAGCCAGGGAACGCAGAUGGUGGACGGUCCUUCAGGGGGGGCAUCGAGCGCAGAGGGUCAUCGACCGCACACCCCAGCAUUGUCAGGCCCAGCACACAUGACGUUGGAGAUGGGCACACAGAUGAGCCUCGACCGCAUUUGACGGGGAUGCAUGAAAUUAUGUGUCCACCACCCUCACGCCCCUCUGCCGCUGAUCCUGCCGCCCAGGGGCAGGCCGCGCCGAGCGCAUUGCCUACGAGGUCUUUCUACGACGGUGCGGGCAUGGACCGGAGGGCGGGCGAUAUCGGACAGACAUCAGCAUAUGGACCGCCAGAUGUGUCCGCGGGGGCGCGAUCGAUUGGCAACGUCGAUGGCACUUGUCAUGAUUCCAUGAGAGCUUACGAGGAGCAGCAUGGGAGGCCUAUACGGGCCAAGACGAGCGAUUUCGUGGAUCUUUUGUGGCAAACGGCUCCCGUUGGUAGCAUGGUGGCCCACUGUAGUGACCCAUGACAUUUUUCACGGCAUUCCUUUGUGGAUCACAAAAAUGUUGAGAGAAAGACAUAAGCGAUGUCCGAUGACGAGUUUCUUUCGUUGUUGUGGAACUGUAGCGUGAAAAAUAAAAUGGUAAGAAUGAG